GUCUUGGUUAGUUAAUCUUCUGUAAUCUCGCUUUAAUCAUAAUCUUUACAAUCAAUAAGAUUUUAUUCGAUCAAUUUCGCUUAGUAGUUAUCAAAUUUGUCUCGUAUUACCAAUGAUCGGAUUUUCAUUAACAAUCCAAUUUACUUGUGAUUAUCUGUCUUUGUUGACUUGAUGUAAGUGAAUUUACUGAAUCACCCGAAAUGAAAGCCAAUGCAAAUGGUUCACCGCAUCAAAACCGGAUAAGUGUGAUUGGUUCACCGAGUAUCGAUGACAGCAUCAGUCAAAGUCCAGAGGAAGCUCCAACAAUCGCAAAAAAAUGUAUAUCUUUUAUCACAGAAUGGAUAAUUCGUGCUGCUCUUUGUGUUUUAUGCUGGUCUUUAUUAUGGUCAAUUUGUGGUCCAAUUGCUUUGCCACCUCAAAGUCCAUUAUUUUCACUGUUAAUCAUUUGGAUAACUGCCUAUGCUUUGGGCCAAUGUUGUCUUCCGUUCAGUUUACCACCACUUCUGGGAAUGAUGAUUGCAGGAAUAAUCCUUUCCAAUAUUCCAGGCAACGUUAUUGUUCUCGAUUCAAAGAUCUCAAGCUCAUUGCGAUCAAUUGCAUUAACAAUUAUACUUUUACGAGCUGGACUUGGUCUUGAUCCAAAAAUGAUUAAAUCUUUAUCAGGUGUUUGUUUCCGAUUAGCUUUCAUUCCUUGUCUAGUUGAAGCAGUUGCCAUAGCCAUAACUACUCACUUAAUAAUUGGAUUUCCAUUUCAAUGGGGACUUUUACUUGGUUUUGUUGUUGGUGCUGUUUCACCUGCAGUUGUAGUCCCAGCCAUGAUUGAUCUUCAACAACAGGGAUACGGAAUUGAACAAGGAAUUCCUUCUCUUGUCAUAGCAAGUUCAUCAGUAGAUGAUGUUUUAGCAAUUACUGGAUUCGAUGUUGUACUUUCAUUUGCCUUUGUUCGUCCUGAUUCAAGUUUAGUUUGGAAUCUUGUUAAAGGUCCUGGAGAAGCGUUGAUAGGUCUAAUCAUGGGUACAUUGACUGGUAUCUUUCUGUGGUACUUUCCCAGAUGUUCAUGGAAAGAUUUGGAUUCCGAAGAGACAUUUGAUCAAUUCACAGCUAAUUGCCAAAGAUUUGCUCUAACUCUAACCAUUGGGUUAGCGUCAGUGUUUAUAACCAAUUACCUAGACAUCGGAGGAAUCGGACCUCUGGCUGCUUUGGUUGUGACUUUUGUAGCAGCUAUUCGUUGGCGUCCUCUUAAUAUUGACUCUCAAAUCGAAGAUGGUCUCAAAAUUGCUUGGUUAAUCUUCGAGCCAUUUUUAUUUUCCCUAAUAGGAGCAGAGAUUAAAUUUUCGCAACUUAAAUUGGAUUACCUUUUCCCUGUCACUCUUUGUUUGAUCAUAUCACUGGGUUUUCGAUGUUUAGCGUCAUUUUUAGUGUUAUUUGGUAGUGAAUUGAAUUUAAGAGAAAAAUUUUUCAUUGCAAUCUCUUGGCUUCCAAAGGCAACUGUUCAAGCAGCAAUUGGUCCUGUUGCUUUAGAUUUGGCUCGAUCUAGAGGUGAUCAACAGGCCAUCGAAAAUGGUAUCUUGGUAUUAACAGUGGCCAUACUUUCAAUACUUUUAACGGCACCUAUUGGAGCUGUUUUAAUCAAACUAUCUGCGCCUAAAUUACUCAGAAAACCGGCUACCAAAAAUACAUUCGAAAUGCAAGUUUCUUGAGAUAAUUUCCAGAAAUAUACUCAAACGACAUUACAUGCAUAAAAAGUAUUGUUGAUAUACCUCAUAAUGGACAAUUAACUUUGAUAAAUGGUAAUUCGUCUGUAACACUGCAAGAAAUGAUUUGAGUUGAAUUUGUUAAACUUUCAUCAUUUUCAUAAAUAAAUUAUAUUUUAUAAGAGUCUAGUUUAACAAAAGAAAAGACAUAACGAUGUAACUCCGAAGAGAGAAUAGGAUUGAAACACAAUAAAUAAUUAUAUUCUAUCGACUUA